GCGGGGGUUACCGGGAGAAGGCGGGUGUAGGUGAUGAAGGUGCGGCCGGUGAUUGCCGCUCUGUGUAGAGUUGUGGCCAGUCUGGGCCCGGGACUGGCCACGCUCACCCCCGAGCUUUUCCGGCAAGCCAAGCUGGGCCGGGAGCACGUGGCCGCCGAGUUUUGGAAGAUGCUGUAUUGCCUUCUCAGACAAGUUUGUGAGGACAUGAGCCGUGUGGAUACGCCACCUAUGGUUGACCAGGUUGAAUACGUAAAGGCAGCGCUCGCACACUAUGGCUACGGACUGAGGGAUUUGUAUUGUCUCCCUGCUGAUGGCAGUGCGGGCAGCCGGGAGCUGCUUCUGGCCUUCUCCUGGCUUCUGCAGAAGAUAAACCUACUGAAGCAGCUGAUGAAUGUCCAUAGACUGCGUUUGGGGGAUGAGACGUCUCUCUGCACUUGCAGGAGAGCUGAUGCCCUCGACCUGGCAGAGGAAGCAGUGACUCGGAGUCGGGCUUGGGUGGAUAUCCGGCGCUUGCAGUGCUUGCAUGGGAAGCUGUGUUUUCGGUGGCGAGCUCUCCACAGUGCAGAGCACGAGAGGUGUGCAGCCCUCUACAAGAUUCAUUCUUACACCCGAGGAUGCAGCACUGACCUGAACACUGAUCACCUGUCUGUGAUGGAAACCCGUCUCAUUCAAGACCCCAAACAUGGCACUGAGAUGUUGCAGCUGUUGGAGCUGGAGAGCAGCUGGCUGGAGGCCUACCUGGAGUGGAAGCAAUGUGAAGGGAUUUACUGGCAGUGGAUGGAGAGUGUGCUGAAUGCUAAGCUGGAGGAGGGCCAAGCCUCAGACACGCAGGAUCAUGCAAAUGCAAAUAAGGUUACUGUUCCUGGCCAGCUCAGCACCCACACUGAUAACUAUCUCAUUGGAGAAAUAGACAGACUGUCCGAGUCCCUCGGAAAUCUGCAGAAAGAGCUACAGCAAAUAGUGUCGGACAGGACAGCCUUGUGGCAUGAAAAGAUGAAAGUCACGGAGAGAUCACGACUGGGUAGUGAAGAGCUCGAACUCAUCAAGCGGGAUGUGGAACAGAAGCUGACGCGGGUGCGAGCCACAUCUGAGCGAAGGGGAAAACACGGCAACUUCAGGUUGGUGCUCCAAGCGAGUCCCACCGUGGCUGGGGUGCGACGCUCCCUCCCAGAUGCUCGGCGAGGCGAGGGAGCUCUCACCGCCUCGGACACCAUCGCCCAGCUCAAAGUGACCCAGACAGAGCUGCGGGACCAACUACAGAAAGCCCGAUGGCUUUGUAAAGAAACGCUGGAAGAGUACGCAGAGAGGCUGCAAGGUGUCAUCUGUAUCCCACCUAUGAAGAGGGCUGCAAAUCCUGCAGAUACUGGGCAAUCAGCUCCUCUCUAACAGAAAUAAUCUUGCAUUUGGCACAGUGCUGAACCCUCAAAAAGCCACAAAAGUGUCACAGAUAACACGGCAGCCAAUUUGUGUCCCACAAACAGCCAUUAUAUCUGGGGUAUUGUCAGCCAGGACACCAGGAGAGAGAAACUCCCUUUUCACUUCCAAUAGGGCCGCAGGACGUCCAACUAAGCAGGCGCAAACAGGACUUUGCUUUAACAUCUCAUCCAAGGGACAGUUUGUCCAGCAAUUCAGUGCUCCCUCCUGUACUGUCCUGGAGCAGCGUGAGUCCAGCUUGAAGUGUGCAAUCUUACUUGUGGAUCCACGCACUUGAUGGUUCAAGGGUAGCCUUAAAGCUAUUGUCUUAGAAUAGGAAUAAUAAAAGGAUUCAGAACUUUGGUGAUUAUUUGAUCAAAGAAAUGGGAUGAUAACUGAUAUAAGAAGAAACAGGAUUUAAAAUGUCCUGAUGAGAUUAGCUUGUAACGAUGCAGGUUCAGGGCCAUUGCAACGUGGAACUGACCUGUGCUGCAAGCAGUCAGGUGUCAUACAUUUACUUAGUUGUGCACUAUGAUAAUAAUCUUUAAUAAAGCACCUUAUCGCAUUGUUAUAACGUCUCAAAGCACUUCAUGGGUUAUACUGGAUAUACUGGGAUUUUCUCGAUAUGGAAGAUUGGAGGGUGAACCAGCCGGAUUGGCCUUCACUCCCAGAGGCUGCUACUGGCAUUGGGACAGGCUCCAAGAGCAACGCUGGCCUGUGUCCAGCUCAGCACUCAGCACCUGGGCUGCGUGCUUACAACUAAACUACAGAGAGACGCAGGACUCAGCCUAGUGUCCACAUACAGCUCUGGAAUGACCUUCUAUUCCAUGUCAACAGCUGAGUAUCUGCUCUCUAAAACAUGCAAUACCUGCACUGGCUCUUAGGUGGCAGUCACAGCAAUCAGUGUGGACUGGCCUCAGGGCUUCACAGAAUAUACUGUAAAGUGUAGUCAAUUGCGCACUGUACUGUGGUAUUUAUACUUGUGUUCCAUUAAACUGCACAAUGAA